AUCUCGUUUCAACUGUCAUUUAGCAUAAUUUUGUGUCAUUUGUCAUCUACCAUAUGUUCCAAGUCAUUUGACAUCAUUUUCGUGUUUUAUUGCAUCUAUCAUCCAUAAUGUGUUCCCAGUCAUCCGUCAAACGAAGUGUGUCAUAUGUCAAUUAUCAUAAGUUUCGUGUCAUCUGUCAUUCGUUAAGUGUUUUGUGUCAUAUGUCACGUGUCAUCGAAUGUUUUUAGAUAUAACGAAUUUCGAUUCAAGCCUGUAUAAAAAUCGAUAGGAAAUAUGGCGAAACUCGACGAUUUUCUAACGAAAAAAAAAGAAACCGUCCCAAUUCUCGAUAUGUCGAAAACCGUCAUAAAUUCCAAAGAAGAAUUCAGGAGGUUAUUGGAACGAGUUCCAGAUUUUAGAAUCAAACCGGAAAAAGUCCUACCGGAAACGAUAAAAAUAAGAGAGAAAAAUUUCAAAUUCAAGAUAAACAAGAAUGAAGUUAAACGUAAUAAAGAAAAAUAUAAUUUUAUGAAUCCUCUACCAGUCGAAAUGAUCGAUCUGAAAUUGGAAGAUCUGUGCGCUGUUUCCAUUGAUUGGAAAAUGUUGACGGACCUUAGACCCAAGAGCAAGAUCGAAGAAAAUUAUUUCUCGAGGUUAAUAGAGAUUGGAAAAUUGCAAAACAAAAGCCGGGCACAGGAACGGCGUCAGUUCCAAAUAGAUUCGCAAAUCAGAAAGAGCAAAAAUAAAUGCGGGGUCGUCGAAACUAGGGUGGUAUCCUGUACGGAAUGCGGGGAAGAUUUCUGCAACGGUAAAAGCUGCUGCAAAUACGGUUAUGACACCUUCGCCAGGUUGCAAGAAUUACCGACGGAAACGGAAAAGAAAAUGCCUCCCAAUUCGGGGGCUAUACCGAAAAUAAAAAUAAAACAAAGAUCCAGAUCGAAAAGUAAAACCAAAAGACGAGAUAAAAGGAAAUCGCCAACGAAGCAAGAAUCUAAAACGAGAAAAAAAUAAAAAUGAAACCUCUCCAAUUAUCAUUUUUUUAUAAUAAAAAAUUAUACAAA